CGUCAUUGACACAAACAUGGUUCCCUUGUUUUGAACGUGCAAAUCGUGCUCAGUGUUUCGUUGAACUCGCCCCGGAUGAGGCCGUUUAUGGCAGACUGAGGGACUGAAAACCGUCCGUUACUGAAGAUGUCUGGGUCGGCGGAGCCCGGUUCUGACUCCGGACGGAGGCUGCGCUCCAUCUGCCGGAGGAUGUACGACGAAAACGAAGAUCUGUCUGAUGUUGAAGAAAUAGCAAACAUAAGAGGUUUCAGUGUGGAGGAAAAGCUGCUCAGUGACCGAUACAACGCAAACUUUGUCCACAUGAUGGAGGGUAAAGACUUCACCUAUGAGUAUGUCCAAAGGGAAGCUCUCAGGAUACCUCUCAUUUUUAAAGACAAAGACGGACUAGGGAUCAGGAUGCCCGAUCCAGAAUUUACAGUUAGUGAAAUUAAAGGCUUGGUUGGCAGUCGUCGCUCUGUGGACGUGAUGGAUGUGAGCACUCAGAAAGGCUCUGAGAUGAGCAUGGCACAGUUUGUUCGUUAUUAUGAGACGCCUGAGGAAGAGCGAGACAAACUCUUUAAUGUCAUCAGUUUAGAGUUCAGCCAUACCAAGUUGGAAAAUCUCAUCAAGCGACCCACAGUGGUUGAUCAAGUGGACUGGGUUGAUAACAUGUGGCCUCCUGAUCUGAAACUUAGUCAAACUGAAGCCACCAAUGUAAUCUCAGAGAUGAAGUAUCCUAAAGUGCAGAGAUACUGUUUGAUGAGUGUAAAGGGCUGCUACACAGACUUCCACAUUGAUUUCGGAGGAACUUCAGUUUGGUAUCAUGUGUUCAAGGGACAGAAGGUGUUCUGGCUGGUGCCACCCACCAAGCAUAACCUGGCCUUGUACGAGGACUGGGCGUUGUCGGGGAAGCAGAGCGACAUCUUCCUUGGAGACCGAGCUGAUGGGUGCCAAAGGGUGGAGCUUAAGCAGGGAUACACCUUCUUUAUCCCCUCUGGUUGGAUUCAUGCCGUCUACACUCCUGAGGACACACUGGUAUUUGGAGGAAACAUUUUGCACAGUUUUAAUAUUCCGAUGCAACUGACCAUCCAUGAGAUAGAGAACAGGACUAAGGUUCAUUCUAAGUUCCGUUUCCCCUUCUACUAUGAGAUGUGUUGGUAUGUUCUGGAGCGGUACAUAUACUGUCUGACUAAACGGUCCUAUCUUUGUCAGGAGACUCGUAAAGAGGCGGGGCUAACGGACUUGGAGGUGUCCUCUGACUCCAGGAGCCAGGACGUAAAUGAAGACUCCUGUGAGACUCAGGUCAGGGAUGACGAUGGUGAAAAGUCCGAAAGAGUUUCAGCGGAUGAUCCGAGUUCACCUGAAACCAUGAAGGGAAAACUCCUCAAAGCAGUUUUAUCUGUGGAAUCUGAAGACAGCUGUAAUCCCAGCUCCACAACGUUGGAUUUCUCAAAAACUCCUUGUGACUCUCCUGCCUCUGAGUUUCAGAGUAAAUGGACUCAUCUAACAGACUUUGAGUUGAGUGGCCUGAAGACGCUGGUGGACAGACUGGAGUCCCUCCCUGAGAAUAAGAAAUGUGUCCCACAGGGAAUCGAGGAUCCACAGGGCCUGUUGGACUGCAUGAAGGUGAUUUUAAAGGAACAUGCUGACGAUGACCCCCGGUUGGCUAUUACUGGACUUCCUGUGGUUCAUUGGCCAAACAAGAUGAUAAAGCCCCGGCCUCCGAACAGGCUGAAACCUAAGAUGGCAGCAUCCCCUGCAUCGGCGACGGUCAAGUUGACCCCCGGUCGAGGAACGUCUGGAGCCAGGAGGAGACGCACUCGCUGUCGGAAGUGUGAAGCGUGUCUUCGGACCGAGUGUGGAGAAUGUCACUUCUGUAAAGACAUGAAGAAGUUCGGUGGGCCGGGCCGAAUGAAACAGUCCUGCAUCAUGAGGCAGUGCAUCGCACCUGUUUUACCUCAUACAGCAGUGUGUCUGGUCUGUGGAGAAGCAGGGAAGGAGGACACGGUGGAGGAUGAGGAGGAAAAGUUUAACCUGAUGCUCAUGGAAUGUUCCAUUUGCAACGAAAUUGUUCACCCAAACUGCCUGAAGGUUAAAGAUUCAAAUGGUGUUGUCAAUGAUGAGUUACCGAACUGCUGGGAGUGUCCAAAGUGUAACCACGCUGGGAAAACAGGGAAAGCCUCAAAGCAAAAAAGGGGUCCAGGGUUUAAAUACGCUUCCAACCUUCCUGGGUCUCUGCUCAAAGAAACACGGAUAAACCGGGAAACAAAAGAGGAACCAGACGCUCCGGUUGCCGCCACAGCAGCCGUUACUGCUCUGACUCCCACAUCUGCUUUAAAGAGAAAGGCAGAAAGGGAGGAGAUGUCAAAGCGAAAGGAUGAAGAACCUGUGAAGAAACGGCCCCCCCUGCUGGCUCUGGAAGGGGUCCCACGACCAAGGCUCGAGGAAAACCCACUGAGGAAAAAAAGGAAACUGUUCGACACCAACGAAGAACCUGAUGUGAAAAAGAAGAAAAAGUCCAUAAAACCUGAAGAUCCAUUGUCUCCAAAGCUUUUCCGGCAAAUCAAGGCAGAGAAUGAUGGUGAUGUAGAAGAAGACCAUGAGGAUGGAGAUGAUGAUGGAUUCCCCUCAGACAGGAGUCAUUUAAAGAAGAAAAAUGAGUUUGAAGAUGAGGAACGAGAAGAAGAUGAGGAAGAGGAGGACGAAGAGUUGCAGAGAAAAGAGAGAGACAGCAGUUCAGAGAACAGAUCGAAAGUGAUGUUGGGUUCUCUGCUCAGAACAAUCAGAGACACCGAGCAUCCAUCGUCCAACUGUCCCAGAGCCGGGCCCAGCAGCCAAUCAGCUGAACCUCAGGAAAAGAGCUCCACCCAGAUGAAGGCUCGUCAUCAACGCCGCCGCUUCACUAAAGAGUCCAGUAAGGACUUAAACCAGGAUGUCAACAAGACAGAGGAUGGUCUGAGCAACCAGAACCUCAGCUCAGUGAAGAUGGAGGACAGCCCAGCCAAUCACAGCAGGCGAACACUGAUCAACGACGACUCUGUGACCAAUCAGAACCGCAGACCACUUAAAACAGAGGACUCACCCACCAAUCAGAGCCGUAGGGGCCUUAAAGCUGAGGACGGUCAGCUGAACCCAAACAGACGACCACUGAAAACAGAGGACAGCCUGGCCAAUCAGAACCAUCGACCUGUUAAGGUGGAGCCUGAGACCGAGGUGGACGAGCCAAAGCCCCGAUGGCCUCUUCAUCACAGUAGCAGUGACCUGGGCGAUUGGCUGAGCCACAGGGGGCGGGGCCUCAACGGGACACCACGGGGUUACUCACCACUGGGCUGGAACAGAAACACGCCAAUCACGCCUAUGUGCCCCCGGCCCCGCCCCUGCCACUCCCCACCCAAAUGUAUCCAGAUGGAGCGACACGUCAUCCGGCCCCCUCCCAUCAGCCCCCCGCCCGACAGGCUGCCCCUCAACGAUAACGAAGCACACGUGAUGCAAAGAGAGAUGUGGAUGGCGGUGUUCGGUCACCUGACGCACAGAGAUCUGUGUGUGUGCAUGCAGGUGUGUCGGACCUGGAACAGAUGGUGCUGUGACAAGAGGCUCUGGAAACACAUCAACCUGAACCGCUGUAAGUCCAUCACACCACUCAUGCUCAGUGGAAUCAUACGGAGGCAGCCGGUGGCUCUGGACCUCAGCUGGACCAAUAUCUCCAAGAAGCAGCUCAGCUGGCUCAUUAACAGGUUACCAGGUCUGCGUGUUCUGCUGUUGUCUGGAUGUUCUUGGGUGGCGGUUUCUGCUCUGUGCACUUCCAGCUGUCCUCUGCUCAGAACCCUGGACGUCCAGUGGGUGGAGGGGCUCAAAGACGCCCAGAUGAGAGAUCUGUUAUCGCCCCCCACAGAUAACAGGCCAGGUCAGUUGGACAACAGGAGUAAACUGCGUAACGUGGUGGACCUUCGCCUGGCGGGGUUGGACAUCACGGACACGUCUCUGCGUCUCAUCAUCCGUUACAUGCCCCUGUUGUCGAAGCUGGACCUCAGCUACUGCAACCACAUCACGGACCAGUCGGUCAACAUCCUGACGGCAGCAGGGACGACCACCCGAGACUCACUCACUGACAUUAACCUGUCAGUCUGUAACAGGGUCACAGACCAGUCGCUGACCUAUUUCAAGCGCUGUGGGAGCAUAUGUCAUAUUGACCUGCGAUACUGCAAACAGGUGACCAAGGAAGGCUGUGACCAGUUCAUCGCAGAAAUGUCUGUCAGCGUUCAGUUUGAACUGAUAGAAGAGAAACUACUGCAAAAGAUCAGUUAGAACCAUGUGGUGAACCCACUCUAACCCCUUACCCAAGUCUAACCCCAACACCAACCGUAACCCUAACCCUGACUCUGACCCCUUACCCAACCCUAACCCUAACCCCUGACCCCCUGACCACAUGGAGGCAGCGGACGGCUGCAGUGUUUCAGAAAGUGGACGAUUGAACAAACCAGAGGCAGGAGGAAUUUAUAUCAAACCUUAUGGAAAAGGACGCUGUGCUGCUAAACCACAAUGUUUUUGUAAAAACUAAACUGUUGUUCUGUAAAAGCAAUAUUGUAAAUAUGUUGUUGUUUCUGUUGUUUUUCUGAAAUGUUUUUACAUUAUUUAUUUCCUCAUGUUUCUGUAUUGUACUGAUUAUUGAUCGUUCAUAGAUUAUUUUUUGUUCCAGUGUAAAGUUUAUUGCAUCAUAGAGAAUUAUUUUUGUAUCAGAAAGUGUUUCAUACAUUUAAGUGCAGUAUCAGCUGCACCAGUGUACAGUAUAGUUUCAUUGAAAUAAUAUAAGCUACUUUACUGUUAAGCUCUUUAUUCUUGAGAGGCAAAGGUCUAUAGAUUUUUUUUUUUUGCCAAAAUAGGAUAACUUUGGUUUUAUGUGGGUUUUUCUCUACAAUAUAUGUGCCAGUGGUUUGUUUCUGAUUGGAUCAAAACACUGUGCCUGUUGAUCUUAAUGAUACUACACAGAAUGUCAAGAUUUGAAUGGGAUAUCCAGAAGUUUUAAUAAUGAUUUGCACUGAUACCGUUAUGAAUACAUGAAUGUAUUCACAUGUACACUAUAAAAGUGUGUAGUGUAUGUACAGCAUAUUUUUUUCAAAGCUAGUUCUGCUAACAGUAUGUAGUUCUCUGGUGACGUAUGUCAUCGGUCAGUUUCCAUUAUUUUAUAUUAUUGGUGCUUAGUGAAAGGAGGAGUUUUGGCUCUGCAUGCAGCAAAGAAUCUGUUUCCACAGUUAAUAGUGAAUGUUAAAUCAUAUAACCCUAUGUUUACUCCCUGAUCUCCACACGAUAACUUGAGGAUUACCUCUAUGAAAAAAAAUCUAACUAAAGCAUACGUGCAGGAAUAGGACCAGUACGAUGGCAAUGACAGUGACUUCUCAUGUGCCAGAAUGUGUAACUCAGGUCUCAUCAUUUGUACAGAUGAAAAAUGAAAAACAAAAAGACUGCUGUUUUUCUUUGACUUUAGCCUGUGUUGACACUGUCAUUCUCAAGAAAUUUGUUUGAAUUUAGAUUUUACAAAGGGCUGCACUUUUUUCUACGACAGAAAACCAGCCUAAACUGUAUCAGUGAACGUGUGGAGGGCGUUUGCAUGUAAUCACCGUAAUGUGAACGCUCAAUGGUUUCAACAAACUACAAAAACUUCGCAACGGAGCCAAAUGCACUACAUGGAGUUUUUAAAGGCCUUAUAUGUUCUGUUAUUGAAAGGUUCCUACAAUAGAUUUGCAUAUUGGGAAACUCCAUCUGAAAAGUUAGUGCACAUGUUGUUGUGCUCAGUAUUUAUUCCAAGUAGAUAAACACUGAUCAGCACUGGUUACCUUCUAAAACGAGAAAAAUGAUUUUCUUUCUUUUUUUUUUUUUUAAUAUUUUGGACUUUUGAGGUGAAUAUAGAAAGAUUUAGGAGAUUAUAUGGCAUUAUUCAUCCUUUUCAGAAGUUUUGCUCAUCUGUAUUGCAUUUUUUGUCAUAUUUAAAGUGUGGCACUUUUUCUAUUUAUUUUGUCGUUGAAUAGAAGUCUAUUUUGACACGCGUUAUUCAGUUGUGAAUUAUUGUUCUUUUGAGGGGUUUACAUUAACAUUUUGUUGCUGUUUUUAAUAUAGGGACCAUAUCUCCAGGAAAUAUUUUAGUAUCUCAAUGUAAAUGUUCUCUUUUCGCACAUAAUGUACAUGUACAUUUAAGACAAACUUUGAAAUAUUAAAAUUCAUUUUAAAUUGAAGUCAUUGUGGUGUUUUUAGGAUAUUUGGAUUUUUUUUUUUUUUUUUUAUUCCUAAUCUUCCACAAGCCCAAUACUGUGUUGGCUGCAAAUAAAAUGAGAAGCAGGGUUUUAAAGUUUGGUUUGUAACAGUGCAUUUUAUUGAAUCUAAUAAUUUUUUACCAAAAUAAAAAGGUUCAACAUUCCAAAAUAUAAUAGAUCCUGGAUUAUGAAUGCUCAUUCCUCCCACUCAGAUAAUACUGUAGCUGCCCAUGAACGACAUCUUUGAGAAACAGCAGCAUGAACAGCAGUUACAAUGCACGGAGGUCCACGGGUGUCCAUGGAUCUGGAUCCGGUUUGGAUCUGAAGCAGACGAUAAUUAAAAGGGCUACAAACAAAACAAAGCCAACUUUACUAGAGUUCCACCAUUAACAGACCAGGAAACCCAUCUGACCAAAACCAGCAGAAAUACAUUCUGUAAAAAGGGUAACUUUAUUUUUAAACUUUCAUACUUACAGAAUUUUAAAUGAUAUCAAUUCCAAAGUAAAUGGAAAAAUAUACAUUUAAUAACUUAGAAGUAAACAACAAUAGAAGCUAUCUAUGUAAUUUAUAUAAGAGCAGUGAAGCUUUUCUGAAACAUACUAUACAUACAGAUCCCAGUGACAUCUGAAAAAAUGGACCUCGUGUGAAGAAAACAAGUGUUUCAUUUGCAUAACAGGUUAAAGUAAACCAAGUUUCCUCUAAUUCCUUCAGUGAAAUGGAUAUUUCAAAGGAAUUAUCAAUGAUUAGCACCUGGUACAGACUGUGAUUUUGAACACAUUAUCAGACAAUGCAUUUGGUAAAUAUUAAAUGGUAUUGCUCGGUGGAAGUUGAAAUCAAAGAGGAUUGACAAAAGUUUGACAAAAUUAUUUUUUUCCCCCCCAUACGUUUUAACUUAUAACUCCGCUCCAGAAAAAAAUAUCUUUUGUUACACUACUCUUUACAAAGUAAAGAAACAUGAAUCAACUUUCACAGUCAAUAAAACAAAACAAGCAAUGGGGACAUAAUGCAUCACUUGGUACAACCAAGCGGCAGGUUUCAGUUCGUGUCUCCAGCUGCAGAAAAUCUUCAUUUAAAAUGAGGACGCAUCCUUCACAUAGUAAGUAAUUUAAAGUUUACAUAUACACAGUUUAUUUUCUAUUCAUUUUCAUUUGAGAAACUAAAGAACAUAAACUAUGACACUAAGCUUGCUGGUUAUGAAAUGCAUAUACUGUGAAAUCUUAACCAAAUACAUAUUAAAGGCAUGAUGCUUGGCACCUUCCACUGUUCUGUGUGUGAGAUGUGAUGAGUCGGUGCAUAAAUGAUUCAUCUCAAAUAAAAAUAAAUAAAAACAACCAAA